AUGACGACGGCCCAUAGACCAACAUUUCACCCUGCCCGAGGAGGCACUGGGCGAACCGAGGGAGACUUAUCGAAACUGUCGCAGCAAUAUUCGUCUAAAGAUAUGCCAUCACACACCAAAUUGAAGUACAGACAACAGGGUCAGGGUACUGAAGAGGAGUUGAGGAGACGGGAUCUGCGACGUGAAUUGGAGGACAAGGAGAAGGUAGCCUCUCGGGAAAGGCGCAAUCGUGAAGCAGCCGCUUCUAGUUCGAGUAACAAGAGGGCGAGGAUCGAAGAGUCUUCACAUGCAGCUGUAGAUGCGGAUGAGCCGCUAGAUGAAGUGGGUGUUUUUUUGACUUUCCUGAACUUUCAUAUGCCAUCACAUACCAAAUUGAAGUACAGACAACAGGGUCAGGGUACUGAAGAGGAGUUGAGGAGACGGGAUCUGCGACGUGAAUUGGAGGACAAGGAGAAGGUAGCCUCUCGGGAAAGGCGCAAUCGUGAAGCAGCCGCUUCUAGUUCGAGUAACAAGAGGGCGAGGAUCGAAGAGUCUUCACAUGCAGCUGUAGAUGCGGAUGAGCCGCUAGAUGAACAUGACUCAUCUGAUGAUGAUUCCGAUGAAGACGACACGGCUGCUCUUAUGGCGGAACUAGAAAGAAUAAAGAAGGAGCGCGCAGAAGAAAAGGCCGCAAAAGAAGAAGAGGAAAAGAGGCGAGAGGAAAAAAUUCGAAUGGACAACAUUCUUGCGGGCAACCCGUUGUUGAACCCAGUUGACUCUGCAUCAUCUUCCAAUGGCGGAGAUUUCAAAGUCAAGCGAAGAUGGGACGACGACGUUGUAUUCAAAAACUGUGCCAAAGGUCGGCGUGAUUGCAUUCUUCUUUGA